AUGAGUCGCAACACAAAAUCAGCAAUGAUGCAGCUUAACAGAGCCUGGCCACGUAUCAGUUCUCCAAGAGCCCUUCCCGGCAUCACCGCUUCCCCAAGCAGGAGACAAGUCACCAGCCUCGCUGGAAAACCAGCCCAGACGGGAGAAAGGUCCCCAGAGCUGACAAAAGCAAAAUCACCACUUUCCGUCCUCCCAAGUACUGUCCUCCUAAGAUCUUGGUUCCUCGCCGCCAUCUCAUCCAAGCCCUAUCUCCUCCGCGCUUCGCUGGCGUGCCUGUCAUGGCUCACAAGCACGUCUGGCGGCAUUUUCUUCAACGUGAACAAGAAUCCCGUCUUGAAUUUUGUUCUGAAGAAUACCUUUUACAAGCAAUUCUGCGCCGGAGAGACGGCGUCCGAGGCGAGGAGCACCCUUCGACAGAUGAAAGACUUUGGAUUCCGGGGGACGAUUCUCACCUACGCUAAAGAGACCUCUUUUGAUCAAGUAACCAACAAAGUCCAUCGGCAAGGGGCAGCAAUUGAAACAGACAGGGGCGAAUGCGAAUAUCUCGGGCCCUGGGCCGAAGGGACACUCGAGACAGUCGAUUUGCUGGGUGAUGGCGAUCAGCUCGCUCUCAAGCUGACUGGAGCUGGUCCUCUCGUCUGCGAUGCGUUGACCGCAGGACGGCUUCCACCCAAAGCGAUGAUGGACGUGCUCCACGAGAUUUGCCGUCGGGCAAGGAGCAAGAAUGCUCGCAUCAUCAUCGACGCCGAGUCCCAGCAUUACCAAAAGGGCAUUUUCCUAGUGGGAAUGGAGCUAGCCCACAUCUACAACCGCGACGGCUGUGCACGGAUUUACAAUACGUAUCAGGCGUAUCUGAAGAGCACGGCGGCAACCCUCGACACACACCUGAAGCAGGCCGCCGAGGAAGGGUUCACGCUCGGCCUGAAGCUCGUCCGCGGGGCCUACAUGUCUUCAGACAAGAGGUCUCUGAUCCACGACACGAAGCAGGACACGGACAAUGCGUACAACGCCAUCUCGCAGGGGGCGCUCAAGUGUGAGAUUGGGAGGUUCGGUGCGCCGGGCGGGCUCCCGUUCCCGUCGGUCAACCUCUUUCUUGCGAGUCACAACAGGGAGAGCUUGAUGGCUGCGCACAAGACACACCAGUCCCGCGUGCAGCUGGGCCUGCAGACUGUUCAGCUGGAUUUCGCCCAGCUGCAUGGCAUGUCUGAUGAUCUCAGCUUUGAUCUGUGCGAUAAGUCGGGAGACGAGCCGUUUAUGCCCGACUCUUCGCGCGAGAAGUAUUGCGUAAUGGGAGUUGAAGACAUGGAUGGCUUGACGCUGUGUAUGCUGGGCUGUGGAAACCUGGGUCUCGCGAUCCUGCAGAACCUUGUUACCCCCCCUGAAACGGCAGAUGCCACAAAGCUGCCCAUCCAGCGCUUCACCGUCUGUGUCCGCAGCAGCGCAACUGAACAAAAGCUAGCAGAUAAGUUCCGCACCAACGCAGACACCGUCACCGUAUCUUCCGGCAAGAAUCUUCAAGCAAUGAAGAAAGCCGACGUGAUUAUUCUCGCAGUCGAUCCCGCCGAUAUAGCAUCCACCCUUAAAGAGCAAGGUGUAGCUGAAGCCUUAUCGUCCACUAAUAACGGCCGCCCAAGGCUCCUCAUCAGCGUCGCCGCAGGUUGGACUCGGCAGGACCUCGAAAAGACCAUCUUUGGCACGCCAACCAACAGUUCCAAUGCAAAUAGCGGUCGUACAUGGGUUAUACGGACGCUGCCCAACGUUGCCGCCCAAGUAGCCCAGUCCCUGACCGCCGUUGAGAUAUCGGAUCCCGCCCCCCCAGACUGGGCCCUUGAGCUGUGCGACACCAUAUUCAAUCAGAUUGGCAAGACGGUUCACAUUCCUCCAGCUCUCAUGGACGCUACGACAGCCUUGGGUGGCUCGACCCCCGCCUUCUUUGCUGUCGUCUGCGAUGCCCUCAUCGACGCGGCCGUCGCUGUUGGCGUGCCCCGGCCUCUGGCCCAUACUAUGACUUUCCAGUCUAUGCUUGGCACGGCUACAAUGAUGCAAGGUGGCCUUCAUCCCGCCUUACUCAAGGAUCAGGGGACUUCUCCGGAGGGUUGCACUAUUGGAGGACUCAUGGUCUUGGAAGAGGGCGCAGUUAGGGGGCAUAUCGGCAAGGCCUUAAGGGAGGCUGUCACGAUCGCUCGGCAGAUGGGCAAGAACCCUCACGUCAACGAUACUCGUCAGUAG